GCCCAGCACAUCCAGGGGGGGCUGGCACUGCAGGGCUCUGCCCCUCUCUGCUCUCCCAGCCUCUCUGCAUGGUCCCCACACCCCACAGAGCACAGUCCAGCACUGGGGAUGGGCCAGAGCAAGGCAAAACCAGCCAGGAUCUCAGAGCAGACAAGAACUUCCUUGGCCCUGGUUGCCAGGAGAGUCUGUGGCAAAGCCAAGACCACAGUGUUGAAUAGAGAAACUCAGGAUAAGUUGGUCCUUCUCACUCCCCCCUCAGAGGGGACAGCCACCCCUCCACAGACAGAACAUUGGCUUCUCAGCAGCACCAGAGAGAGACCUGCACAUUUAACAAGAAGCAUUUAAAAAAAAAAUAAAAAUUGUGGGAUGGAGCAGUGACACCAUGUCCAAGAUCCAGGUCUCACAGAUCAUCACACAGAGCAUCUGCACUGAUGGCAGAGCUGGAUCUGCCCCUGGGGCACCCACCAGAACCAGCAGCAGCUCAGCAAGGGCAGGAUCGGUCCCUGACAUCUUCCCAACUCCCUCCCCCUCUCCGGAUUGCCAGCCAAACACCGCUCAGCCUUUCAUCUGCAGGCAGCCUGGUUUCCCUGGCAGCGGCAUUUCCGAGAAACCCCGGACCCCCAGGCACAGCUACACCUCAGGCUGCUGCAGGAGCUUGGUGUUCCUCGGGGAGCCCCCCUGACAGCACACCAGGACACCUGGGAGGGACAUCUGGACCCUGCGUGUCUCAUCCUUAGAAUCCAUCCUCAACUCCAGGAGGCUUUCAAGGGGCAUCCCCACACCCAGAACAUCACACCAUGAACGGGUUCUUGAACGAAUCCAAUUUCCUGAUGGUGGAGGAGGGCUUCACCACCAGAGACCUCCUGGAGAACCUGCUGGGAGAGCUGUGCCAGGAGAGCCAGCAGCAGGCCGUCUUCGUGGCAGACCUGGGGGACAUUGUGAAGAAGCACCUGUGUUUCCUGAAGGCCCUGCCCCGGGUGAAGCCCUAUUUCCCAGUGAAAUGCAACGGCACUGAAGGGGUGCUCAGGCUGCUGGCAGAGCUGGGGGCAGGCUUUGCCUGUGCCAACAAGGCAGAGAUCACCCGUGUCCAAGGCAUUGGGGUGCCACCAGACAGGAUCUUCUACAGCAGCCCCUGCAAGCAGGUUGCCCACCUCAGGUAUGCAGCCACCCACGGGGUCAGGCUGAUGGCCUUUGACAACGAGGUGGAGCUGAGCAAGGUGGCCAGGAGCCACCCCCGUGCCAGGAUGUUGUUGGGAAUCAAUGCUGACUCCAUCCCUGCUGCCCACCCGAGCCUGAGCUUCGGGACCACGCUGGAAUCCUGUGGGCACCUGCUGCAGACAGCCAAGGACCAGGCUGUGGAGGUUGUUGGCAUCAGCUUCCACCUGGGGAGCCGUGGGCUGGAGCCCCAGGCCUGGGCCCAGGCUGUGGCCACAGCACAGCUGGUGUUUGACAUGGGGACAGAGCUGGGACACCACAUGCACCUCCUGGACAUCGGGGGGGGCUUCCCUGCCACUGAGGACACCAGAGCCCCGCUGGAAGAGAUCGCUGCUGGGAUAAACUCUGCCUUGGAUUUGUACUUCCCUGAGGGCAGUGGGGUGGAAAUUAUUGCCAGGCCCGGGCGUUACUACGUCACCUCUGCCUUCACCUUGGCUGUCAGCAUCACUGCCUUGGAGGAGAUCCCCGUGGAGCAGCCUGGCUCUGAUGAGGAAGAGUGUGGCAGCAAGAAGAGCCUGGUCUAUCACCUCAGCGAUGGCAUCUACGGCGCCUUCAGCUGCCUCCUGUUCGACAGCCCCUGCCCCAGGCCCCGGCUGCACAAGAGGCCGUGCCCGGAGCAGCCCUGGCACAGCUGCAGCCUGCGGGGCCCGCGGGGGCCUGGAGAGGAUCCCAGCAUCGCCGAGGGGCUGCAGCUGCCCCAGCUGCACGUGGGGGACUGGCUGAUCUUUGGGGACAUGGGAGCCUACAGCACCCCAACAGCAUCCCUGCUCACAGCCGGGGGGGCCCAGGCUCGGGUCACCUACGCCAUGUCCCGCAUGGCCUGGAAAACCAUCCAGCUGUUCCAGGGAAAGCCACCCCAGACCGAAGAUGAGCGUGAGAGCCUCUGCACGCCCCUGUCCUGUGGCUGGGAGAUGGCAGAGACGCUUUGUGUCACCCCUGUCUUCGCUCCAGCUGGCAUCAUCUGAGCAGCUCUGGGGCAGGAGCCACGCUGGGAAAGGUCCUGUGGUGGUACUGGCAGGAGAAAUGUCCCAUAGUGGUGUUGGGGUGGGGAAAAAUCCCAUUACAGCACCAGGGGAAAUGUCCCAUAAUGGUAUUAGGGUGGGAAAUGUCCCAUAAUGGUGUUGGGGUGGGGAAAAAUCCCAUUACAGCACCAGGGGAAAUGUCCCAUGAUGAUAUUGGGGUGGGAAAAAUCCCAUAAUGGUAUUGGGGUGGGAAAUGUCCUAUAAUGGUGUUGGGGUGGGAAAAAUCCCAUGGCAGCACCAGGGGAAAUUUCCCAUCAUGGUAUUAGGGUGAGAAAUGUCCCAUAAUGGUGUUGGGGUGGGAAAUGUCCUAUAAUGGUAUUGGGGUGGGGAAAAUCCCAUAGCAGCACCAGGGGAAAUAUCUUACAAUGAUAUUAGGGACAUUAGGGUGGGAAAAAUCCUAUGGCAACACCAGGGGAAAUGUCCCAUGAUGAUAUUGGGGUGGGAAAUGUCCCAUAAUGGUAUUGGGGUGGGAAAUGUCCCAUCAUGGUAUUGGGGUGGGAAAAUCCCAUGGCAGCACCAGGGGAAAAGGUCCCACAGUGGUGCUGGAGGGAUAAAAAAUCCUACAGUGGGAAAAGUGGGAUUUUUUAAAUCCUCUGGCAUUGUCCACUGUGCUCUCAUGUGUUGUAGUGCAUUUUUAUACUCUGUAAUAUUUUGAAGUAGUUUUGGUUUGUAUCCCCGUAAAAUCUGGGGAGCAGAUGCCACCGUCCCUUAUUGCUUUUCACAAUUCUUUUAUCUCAUGAGGUGGGACAGCCACCCGUGUUCUAGGACCAGCGGCUUGCUGGCUGAAUAGCACAGGCACAGCUAAAGGAUUUAGAAUUUCUUCUUUGCAAAUCUGGCCUCUGACUUCAUCCCAGUCUGUUCGUUAAAAAUUAUCAGAAGAUUUUUGUGAGUUUUCUAAUUUGGGAUUAAUGCUGCCGAAUUUUCAGGGUCUGAAUCUGUCCCAAACAUUGGGGGGACUCUGGAGCUGUUUGGGAACAGUUCUUUUUCCAAAUUCUUUUGUGUUGGGAUCAAAGGGUUGGCAUUUGCAGGGGUGAAAUAAUUCUCUGUCUGUCCUGUAUUUAUUAAAGCAGCUGUCAUAUUCCA